AUGCUUGCGUCCCAACUGGUCCGGCCACUGCUAGCAUGGUUGGCUUUGGCAACCAUCACAGCAGCACAAGAUUCCGACUUGCCAUCACCGACGGGAUCUGUGUCUGAUUCAUCCUCGACUCCUACAGCAACCUCCUCGUCGGGCCCGGCGACCCAUACGAUCAAAGUUGGACACAAAUCCGACCCGCAUCAGUUUUCUCCAACCGACAUUAAGGCCAACGCGGGCGACUUGGUUGUCUUUGAGUUCUACCCAACAAACCAUUCCGUCGUGAAGGCUGAUUAUCUGUCCCCGUGUGUUCCGGCAGAGGAGGGCCUCUUUAACUCUGAAGCCUUCGAGGACUUUAACCAGGAAAAUGGACAGAUCAUUGGACCACCGCCAACAUGGUCCCUGAGAAUUAAUAAUACUGAGCCCACUUUCUUCUACUGCACAGCUAUAGACUCAUGCACCAAGAAUGGAAUGGUCGGAGCAAUCAACCCUAACUCAUCCCAAACGUGGAACACACAAUAUCAAAAAGCUUUGGUCUACCCCUACAUGCUAGUCCCAGGAGAAUCCCCACCACCCGAAGGCGAAGAUAGCAAGUCCAACGACGAUAGCGAGUCUGGCUCAUCGCAGGAAAGCCACCACAGUGGACUUAGCAAGGGCGCCAUUGCAGGCAUUGCCGUUGCCGCUGUGGUCUUCGUGGGCAUCCUGAUCGCACUAUUCUUCGUCCUCGGCCGCAACCGUGUUUACUCGCAAUGGAUGUCCUCUGAAGAUGGACGCACGGAACGGACUGCACGCUGGGCACUAUUCGGCCACGGUGAUCAAUACGGCAACACCAAGAGUGAAGGUGGAAGUAGUGCGGCCGGCGCAGGCAUUAAACCACCUCGUAGCGAUAUCACCUCUGUCUCCACCCCAGAUCCAAAUUUCCGCACAUUCUCACCCGGUACGGAAGUUGUCUCAGGGCCUGGAUCUCCCUCUGCGCAGCAAGGCCAUUGGAGCUGGAACGAGCCUCCUCAAAACGCUCGUUCUUCGGGACCUACCGAAUUGGCAGGCCAUCCUAUUAUCUGGGAAGCACCGGGCAGCAUACCGAAUCGGUAA